AAACACAAAGCUCCGUGCGUUCUUCUUUUGAAGAACUUCUUCAGAAGAGAAAAAACAUCAAUAAGAAUCUCUCUCUCUCUCUCUCUCUCUGUCUCUCUCAUUUUGAAGUUCUUUAAUGGCAAAGUCAAAGAACAAUGCGAAGAAAUUAUCUUACAUAUCAGUUCCUUCUCAGAUCAUAAACUCCAUAUCAUCCUCUUCUCUGCAAUCACUUCUUGACUCUCCCAAGAAGUCUUCAAGAACCACUAACAGGUUCUUCAUCUUCACCAACAACAUCUUCAGGAGCACACGACUCUGGUUCUUCAUCCUCUUCCUCGUUGGUUUCCUUGGCAUGCUCAAGCUUGGCCACAACCUUCACACCCCAUUUUCUCCUUACCCAUGUGACACGACCCUCAUCUCAAGCUCACAUUUAAAAUCGAAACUUGGUUUUAUGAAUGAAAAUGGCCCAAAAAAUGAGGCUUUGAAGAAGGGUAGUUUGGCUUUGGUUUCCCAUGUGGAACUGAAAGCAAACAAGGUGGAAGGUAAUGGUGAUGAAGAUGUUGAGAAGAGUGAGUUUUGGAAGCAACCAAAUGGGUUGGGAUACAAGCCUUGUUUGAGUUUUAGUAGAGAUUAUAGGAGAGGAAGUGAAGGAAUUUUGAGGAAUAGGAGAAAGUAUCUCAUGGUGGUGGUUUCUGGGGGGAUGAAUCAGCAGAGGAAUCAGAUUGUUGAUGCUGUUGUCAUUGCAAGGAUUCUUGGUGCUGCUUUGGUUGUUCCUGUUUUGCAAGUCAAUGUCAUUUGGGGUGAUGAAAGUGAGUUUGGUGAUAUAUUUGAUUUGGAGCACUUCAAGAGAGUUCUUGCCAAUGAUGUGCGAGUGGUUUCAGCUUUGCCAUCAACUCACCUAAUGACUAGGCCAGUGGAGGGAAGUCCUCCCCUUCAUGUCACACCCAGUUGGAUCCGUUCAAGAUAUCUUAGAAGACUCAACAGAGAAGGUGUAUUGCUUUUACGUGGCUUAGAUUCGAGGUUGUCAAAAGAUCUUCCUUCUGAUCUCCAAAAGCUUCGAUGCAAGGUUGCUUUUAAUGCAUUAAGGUUUGCUCAGCCAAUUCAGGAACUUGGUGAUAAAAUUGCUGAGAGAAUGAAAAGCAAGGGACCUUACCUUGCUCUUCAUCUAAGAAUGGAAAAAGAUGUGUGGGUGAGGACUGGUUGCCUCCCCGGUUUGAGUCCCGAGUUUGAUGAGAUUGUUAACAAUGAAAGGAUACAACGGCCAGAGCUCUUGACUGCCAAAUCAAACAUGACAUACCAUGAAAGGAAGAUGGCUGGUUUGUGUCCCUUGAAUGCUGUGGAGGUUACCAGGCUAUUGAAAGCUCUAGGAGCUCCAAACAACGCAAGAAUUUAUUGGGCUGGAGGGCAGCCACUGGGUGGAAAAGAAGCCUUGCUUCCAUUGAUCCAACAGUUUCCUCAUUUUUACAGCAAAGAAGAUCUUGCCUUGCCUGGAGAACUACAACCAUUUGCAGAUAAGGCUUCCUUAAUGGCUGCCAUAGAUUACAUAGUGUCUGAGAAGAGUGAUGUUUUUAUGCCAUCUCAUGGAGGAAAUAUGGGCCAUGCAAUUCAGGGUCACAGGGCAUAUGCAGGGCACAAGAAAUACAUAACCCCUAACAAAAGACACAUGCUCCCCUAUUUUCACAAUUCCUCCCUCUCUGAAGAAGAAUUCAACAGGAUUAUGAAAGAGUUACACCAAGACUCAUUGGGGCAGCCAGAACUGAGGACUACUAAGGCUAAUAGGGAUGUUACUAAAUAUCCUAUCCCUGAGUGUAUGUGCAAUGACUCACAUGCUCAAUGAUUCACAAAUUAAUUCCAAAGCAUAUGGCAUGAAGGUUACUUGGCAACUGAACAAGGAAAUGAAUGAAUGCUAUUUUCAGAAGGGUGUGCAAUUUUGAUCCCUUUGGAACCACUUCAGGUGCCUUCCAGGAAGGGUAACCAUGGGAGUUCUGAGCACCAUAUUUUUACUACAUGUCAUGUCAAGCAUUACUCACUCACCUUUCAGGUGUACUCCCAUUACUCCUGAAAUAUGUUCAUGUCUAUGUGGCAAUGUACAUUUCCAUCAUCAGUCAAAUGAUAGAUUCAAAAUAUUACACAACAGCCGAUUAUUUUUUGAUUCUUUAUACAAAGAGAUUGUAUAGGAUAUGUUCUCUUUUACUGUGUAAUUCUUUUUAUCACAAUAUACAACUUGUGGAUAUUUGAAUUAUAUCAUUUUUGGAUUAUAGUCA